AAAUGAAAUGAGGUUAUGAAGAUUUGUUGUGUAGCGGUUUUAAGUUGAAUUUUAUUUAAUUUAUUUAAAAAUAUAGAAUUAAUAUGAAUAAAGUUUUCGUUCGAGCGUUGAAUAACUUAUGUAGACAGGAACUGUCCAAGUCCCUUACUCAAGCAACAAGGUACGCUAGCACUUUUAAAGCUGCUGUAAUUAAAGAACAAGCACAACCUUUGGAAAUUGUGGAAAAAACCCAAAGGAAGUUAAAACCUACUGAAGUUCGCGUAGAAGUAAAUUAUUGCAGUGUAAACUCCGUAGACUGUUACAAGUUUAGAAAAGGUGGAGGCGAAUUGCCUUUUGUACCAGGCUAUGAACUAUCUGGUGAAGUGCUAGAAGUUGGUAAGGAUGUAAAAGCAGAUCAGAUUAAUGUGGGAGAAAAAGUAGUAGGGCUUAAUUUGGAAUCUUUUGGAGGUCUUGCACAACAAUGCAUACUUGACAUAGAUGAUGUAUUUAGAAUACCAUCCGAAGUAUCCAGAAAAGAUGCUGCUGUUAUUGCCUACGGUCACUCAACAGCACUAUACACUUUUUCCAAACUAACAAACAUAAAAGAAAAAUCUAAAGUUGUAAUUUCCACUGGUCCUGCUGGUAUGGGUUUAGCUGCUGUUGAUGUAGCCGCUAACAUUUACAAAGCUGAGGUAAUUGGAGUUGUAGAUACAGAAGAAAGGGGUGAACUUGUUAGAGAGAGAGGAGCAUUUACUACAGUGCAUUUCUCACCAAAGAUGACAAAAGAAAUUUUAAAGAAAACUGAUAAUAAAGGAGCUCCUACAGUUUACGAUGCUGCUGGUGAAGAUAUGAUGCAAAUUAUUGGAAAUUGUGUUGCUGUAGGUGGAAAGACUUUCUAUGCUUCGCCGUUUUUCUUUACUACAAUACCAGCCCCCGUACCGCACUCUUUUUCUAGUAUAGUCAGUUUAAAAAUCCUUAGAACUCAAAACAAACAUUUGUAUAAGACUAUCGUAAAUGAUACAUUGGAAUUAGCCAAUGAAUCCUUGAUAGGAGCGCACAUAAGUGCAGAGUUUUCAUUAGACAAAAUAAACGAUGCGAUUAAAUUUAUAGAAGAUAAAAAAUGUACUGGCAAAGUUCUGAUUAAGAUUGAUGAUUAAAUUUAUUAAGUAUUAAAAUAGAGAGAAUGUGAUAUUGUAAUAAAGAUAGGUAUUUAACUGUUUGUUUUGUGUUUAUUCGAAAGGUAUUUAUUUUCAAUAAAACUGCUGAUAUUUC